UUGUACAGAAGAAUGGCUGCCAUCUUUAGUUUUCGAUGGAUGUUUUCCGAAGAGAUCGUGAAUUCUCGUAUUUAUUGUGGUAUUUAAUAACGUAAUAAAACCUUGGAUAGUGGAAUAACGUUGCCCGCGAUGUAAAGAGUGUUUUUUCGUUUGUUAUUUAAGCUGCCCUGGUGUCAAUUCCAUUGAAAAAUGCUUGUGUUUACAUCCAAGUUUAAAGUGAGCUUCUAUAUUCCUGUCAUAUUAAGCCUAUGGUUCAGAAUCCUCAAAUAGCGAAAUCGAAGAGCGUGGUAUCCCGUCCGAGGCGAGGAUAGCCAUUCGAUCCUAACUCGCUCGAGUUUCCAGUUGGCGUGAUCAAAAAGCCUCCAAAACGUCGACCCCGUCGGUGAUUAAGUUAUCGGGGGGUGGAACAGGUGGGGGUGGGGAGCAAUUGUCCCCAGGGCCUGGCCCACCUCCCCCGACGUCCCCAAUCGAGCAUACCGACACCAACGAAAACGAUGCGGCCACCACGGCGACGAAACACGUUGACAGCUUUCCACAGAACACUGAAACCACCAUGAGCUUCGUCCUGCAGCUAGGCACCGUAGAAACAUCCCUCGAGAAGAAGAACGCCAGCAGUCAGCCGCCGUCGUUGGCUUCGUCGUUGAAUCAGGAGGAAACGUCGAACGCGAUUGUCACAGGGGCCGAUGACACCGGCGGCAAGCCACAGAUCCUUCAAUGCCUGGAAAGUACCGCAGAUAUCCCAGCCGGUCAUGUUAUUUCGUUCUCCGCCGUGAAGUCAGUGAGCGUCACCUACCCGGUGGCGAAAGCCGUUCGGGAGGUGCAAAGAAUCACUGGCUCGCAGACAAACACCACCCAGGUGCUGUCGACUCGCGUUGUCUCGCAGAAGUUGCCGGUGUCUGGCAAUCAAACACAGUCCGCCCCUUUAACGCUGAACGCAUCUUCCAACGUGACCCAUGUUCCAGUGAACUCUCAAUCUUCGCCAUCGCCGGGCAGCGGAGUGGCGCAUGUCUAUCCUUUGCAGCAUACCGCGGCGUCCACGCAGAGCAAACAACAAACUAGAAAUCAAGUGAUCACCAACGAGGCCAAGCAACAACAACAACAACAACAGCAGCAGCAGCAGCAACAGCAACAACAACAACAAACCACAGCGAUAUCGAGUUUACAGACUAGCAUGCCCCUGAAAGUUCAGCCGGUCUCGUCGCAAUUGGUCGUAAGUAACAACGCGGUCAGAGCCAUCACCAGCGCGACUUCAUUGCCCAAUAUCCAGAGGAUACACGUGAAGACGCAGAAUCUCGUCGGUCAGGCACAGACGGUUAACUUGCAGAAAGUGAAGGCUGUGACGAACGUUAAUCAGGGGGUAACCGUUCAAAGAAACUCCGUACCUAGGAUACAGACCGUGCAGAAGGGUCAGGUGUUGUCGGCCGGUACCGCUCAAACCACCCAGUUCGCUGUUAACCAAGUUACGAACAAUAGUAACGUACAGAGAACGCAACAGGGCAACUCGACGCUUCAUAAAACGCAAGCGAACGCGCAGAAGGUGGCUCAAGUUUACAACAACCAGAAGGUACAGUCGCAAGUGUUGAGUAGCCAUCCGAAUCACAAAGCGCAGCUACAACAGAUAACUGGUAAUCAGCAGCAAGGAUUGCAGAAGCUGCAGGUUCAGUCGCAGAAGACUAUGUCCGUGCCCAGACAACCGGCGAACGUGCCUAACACGGUGAAUAACGUUCAAAAGUCUAGCAAUUCUGUAGCUGGUAUACAGAAGGUGCAGGUAAUGGGCCAAGUACAAUGUCAGCAGCAAUUGCCGCAGAUUCAGAAACACGUGCAACAGGUACAACCGUCGCAACAUCAGAGAUCGCAGUCAACAGCGACUUUGCAAAAGUCCCAGACUGUGGCCACGGUUAACUCCAGCAAGGUACAGUCGAUCGCAAACGCUUGCAAGAGCAACAGCGUUCCGAAUAUUAACAAAACGUCGCAGAGCGGCAAUCUGUUGACCGUGAACAAGCAGUCGGUGAUCUCACAACCGCAGCAACUGCACAUUCAGAACUCGUCUCAGUUGCAGCAACAGUUGCUGCAACAGAAUUCGCAGGCGCAGCAACAGUCGCAACAACAGGCAGUACAGAAGCAGCAGCAGCCCCAGCAACAGCAAGCAAACACGAACUCGCAAACUCAGAGAAGCCACAGUAUUACGAAUGUUCACCAGAAGGUCGCGACGAUAGCUGCGACUAUCCCCAAUAACCAACGAACCCAGGUAGUCAACUCCAAGAUACAACAACAACAGAUGGUUAUGAGAGUGGGCGUGCCGAAGAAUCAAGCGCAGAAUUUACAACAGAGUAACUUGAAGAACGUCCCACAAAAGAUCGCCAAUACCGUGAAAACCUCCAAUUCGCAGAACGUCGUGCAACAGUCGUUGCACAGAAAUGCGAGUGCCGUGCAGCCGGUGAAGAUUAUUCAACAACAACAGAACAUCAUAGGACCGCAGAACGCUCAGAAACAGCCUGGAUGCAUCAAGACGAUACCCCCUCAGAAGCCAGCUCAAAGGAAUCACACGCAGAAAGUAGCCGGUAUUAAGACCUCAUUGAACACGAACGUAGCUGCGGUGAAAAAUCAAGGAUCAGCGGCUGCAAUCGCACAAAAGACGAGCAUCAAAACGUUGCUCCCCCAGCAGACUGUUGCUGCGAACAUGCUGAUGCACAAAAAUCAGCCGAUUAAGAUACAACAGCAAACGAUACAGCAGAAACAACUUGUCGCAACGUCACAAUUUCCCCAACAGGUUAGGCAACAGUCUGGGCAAGUGAAGACAUUACUGCCAGUAACUAACAUGGAAUCUCGCAAGGAUGUUGAAAACAAAAUCGAAACCGAGCUGCGUGAAUCUAAGGAAGACGAACGUCAACAACGUUCUACAAGUCCAGUUAUAAGAAUACCUCCUCCUUACGAGGAUCACAAUUACGGGGCACCACCGCCACGAACGCCAUCACCUCCGUCACCUCCGUCUCAUACAAAACAGCCUAUCAACGGUGCUGGAAGUUCUACCACGACUUCUCAGCAUCCUUAUAUUUAUGGAAAAGUUGUUAGUGGCACUAAUGUGGACGACGAUGCAGCCAGUGCAAUCAGUAGUGAAACAGGAAGAGAUGCAGAACUGGAAGGCGAAGAAACUGAAACCGCCCCCGAAGGUGAGGGGGACGACGAGGAUAGCGUUACCAGAUGUAUAUGUGAUUUCGAGCAUGAUGAUGGGUACAUGAUCUGCUGCGAUCGUUGUUUAGUUUGGCAACACGUUGAUUGCAUGGGCAUAGAUCGUUCCAACAUUCCUGACGAGUAUCUCUGCGAGAUUUGCCGGCCGCGGCGCGUAGACAGACAAAGGGCGCGCGCUUUGCAAAUGCGUAAACGCGAGGAAUUGUUAAAUUCCGAUACGUCGUCCGACACAUCGUCCACCAGUUCGGCGGAUACCGACGUCGGUGUUAACACGAUCCCAAAGAAGCGAAGUUUACAGCAGCAGAUUCCUCGACGAAAGUCCGAACCACCGCAAGUAAGGCGACUGAACAACAACAACAACAAUAACAACAACAACAACAACACCAACACCACCAACAACAAUAAUAAUGUCGCGAAAAGACAGAGAAGAGACUCUCAUCCGAGACAGUCCAGCGCCGUUCGCAAGAAAGAAGCUACGAAACGAGGCCCGGGUAAACGCAAGGCUAAACGAAGAAUGAGCUUGGAGGAUAAAGAGGAGGAAACUCAAGAUACAUGGGGUACGAACGUUGCGCCACUGAGACAGUGGAUUGAACGUUACGAGGAGGCAGUGACGAAUCAUUACAGCCCCGAAUUAAGAGCAAGGAUAUCAUCUAUCAAAGUGAAUGGCACGCACAGCGACUUGAGGCAAAGUAACAUGAAUGUCAUCGCCACUGGAAAGUGUAGGCUCAACGUGCACAAUAACAAUAUCAGGUUUCUGGUAGCAACCAUGUAUCUCCCGCCAAACACACCUGUCGUUGAAUUACGAGGAAAGUACAUGUUAAGUACCCAACAUCGACCGUCCUAUCCUCAAGGAAGGCAGCACACUCAGAGGCCUGGGCCGUUUGUAUUCUUUUACCGGUUACCACGAGACGGGACAGAAGUCUGUGUAGAUACUAGAACGUACGGGAACGACGCCAGAUUCGUGCGACGUAGUUGUAAGCCUAACGCGGAAGUGAAACAUUGUAUAGAGAAAGGGACAUUACAUUUGUAUAUUGUUACCACAACCGCAAUCGAGAAAAAUGCCGAAAUUACGAUCAGACACGAGCAACACGACCUCCUGUUGUCACCUAAUCCGAACGGUCCCAUGAUGCCCAUCGUUUGUGCGUGUAAUAAUCCGAGGGAAUGUCAGAUAGUGUCUUUGAAUCAGUUGAACAGAAGAGGAAGUAACGGAGCGUUGGCUGAGAGCGCUGACGGCCGAGAACGGAGACGAAGGGGCAGACGAAAUACAAUUUGCGAGGACAGCGACUCGUCGACCGUGAUACCCAGUAACAACAUUAUCGCGCAACCUGCCCCACCACCGACAACGGUCUCGUCGUCGUCCUCGUCUUCGUCAUCGUCGUCGUCGUCGGUAUCCGUGCCGCCGAGAAGGACAGUCACAACCACCAUGACGAACACUGUGCGUCAGGUAUCGAAGGAGGAGCUGCUGACGGUGGUACAACAGCCUCAAACCUCUCCGAAUCUGAAUCAGCCGGUAGCGCCAGAAACUAAGAAAGACAAGAAGAAAAUGACGAGGGAAGAGAGAAAAAUGGAAGCUAUCAUGAAGGCAUUUGAAAGGCUGGAGAAAGCGGAGCAGAGGAAGCAAGAGGUUCAAGCGCGGAACGCGCAGCGAAAGGAAUCUGGUGGUACGCAUAGCGACAACGAGGAUAGUCACAGUGUAACGAUCCAGUCGAAGCAGAAGCAAGCGAAUUCCGACAGACCUCUGAGGCGAAAAAGAAGAAAGGGCAGAGCGAGGACUACGAGUACCUCUCAGUCGCAGAGUAGCAGCAGUCGGAGAACCCGGUUGAAUUCCGCGGAUUCGGACGAGUCGUCCGGAGAAGAGAGCACCUCGAUGCAGUCUCCGCCUUUGUUGAACCAAAAUCACUCGCAGAAUCGGGAUGGCCCUUACUCUUCUCACUUGCACACCCCUGCCAAGAACAUGAAUGAAAACGUGACAGCAGCUGCACAUCAAGGCAUACCAACAGCCGCUGGUCUACUGCUAGCUCUAGCAAAUUCCAACGCACCUGGACCGAGUUCGCCUCCUUUGCAACAACCAACGCCAGUUAAGAGCCCGACCUGUGACAGCGGUGCGAGCAGCAGCUCUCAAAGCUCAACACCAUCCACGCCGUUGUCCUCGGCUUGCUUGCUAGUCGCGGCAGCGGUCGGCCCUCUGGCUCCUGGCUUCAAAUUCCCAAAAACCAAGAAGGUGCUGAUGAACGAAUGGCUGAAGGAAUCGCCCGAUCCACCGCAGAGCAACAUAUCUCAGAUGUCGCCGUUACCAGCGUUACCGCCAGCCUCCGCGUCGAACUCUAUAAAUACUCUUUGCAGGUCCACGGAUUUUUCUUUGCCGACCGACUCGUCCGCGGAAUUUUUAACGCAGAGCUACGCAGCCAAGAGUUUGGCCACCCUCGUGCAAGCGGCAAAUUCGGUCUCCGGGAUGUGCGACUCGCCGCCACAGCGCAAACAGGCAGCCAGCGGGAACACGGUUUGCCCAGUCUCUACGGGAUCGGCGAAGAAGAGAUGGCUGCGUCAAGCCAUCUCUGAAGAAUGCGAUUCACCGAACAGCCGACCGGACAGUCCGCCGGCCAGUGAAAUGGUGGCUCCGCCAAAGAAAAGAAGGAUAGCUAGAGAAAGUUUAUCAUCGGACAAUUACACUCCACCUACCACACCCACCAUGUUAGUCCCUGACGCUGUUACAAAUAGUAGAUCUUUGUGUCCUGCUGAAGACGAUUUCAUCGAGCACCUGCAGUCCCCGUUGGCCGAGCAGAACGAUGAACGUCACAUAACAACAGAAUCAAUCAAACAGGAAGACGUCUCGCACGAGCAUAUAAAUUCGGACGAGGCCGUACGGCAGAAGCUUUCCAUAGACAUCCCACAGGAUUUUCAUAUUAAAACCGAGAAACAUGUGAUAGUAACGCAGAUGGACACUUCGUUGAUGAAGGAAGAGAGCAUACAAGUGAAGAAAGAAGAGAGCGAUGAAACGGAUUGUGACACGUAUUUGGAAUCGAAGGCUUUCAUCAAGGAUGAAUUACGAUCUGUUAAAAACGAGCUGAUCGAUCAGACGCUGGUUGACAAGAGCAAAAAGGAAUAUGUUAUAAAGAAAGAAGAGAACUUGGAUAUGGAGAAGGGCACGGUCGAGAUAGUCGAUCAGAACGAGGGAGACAUAGAAAUGGAGGAUUUCAGCUCUCCAAUCGCUGUUAUGGAGUCGGAUGCGAUUCUGAAGCAACGUGUCGCUGAGAUGAGACUCGAAUUCGGUGGUAGUAUCAGCGAGAUGGUUAAAGCCGAGGACGACAGAUGUGACGACGAUAAAAGAUCCGAGGACAUGAAGUGCGAGGUGAAAUCAGACGACAACAUGUCGAUCGAUGAGUUUGACGUCGAGGCCCAGAUGAAAAAGAUCACUGGUGACGAUGGGAACGAUUACAAGGAGAAAGUAGACACCAGUUCGGAGAAGGAUAAAAGCAUGGAUGGUAUCGAGGGUCUGAUGGAAAGUUCCAAGGAAGAUUCAGAAUCCGAGGACAAGGAAAUGGACGAAUCGCCGACGUUCAAAUCGUUCAACUUAAAUCACGAGGGGAAAUUAUUCAAAGACUUUGGGAGCAAGUCUGAGCCAGAGUCCAUCAUUGAGAACAGCAUGAAGGAGACGGAACAGAGCCAGGAAUCUCAGAAACUUGAACAACCGUCCGUGUUCGUUACUUCGUCGGAAGAAUCUAUUUUCGAGUCUGCAUCCUCCAACAUGGACACAGAGUCGGUCGCGGAACCGCCAAAGAUUUUUCACUCGAUUCCACCGUUGAGCGAGCGCAUCCGCAAAAAGACGGAAACGCCCAGCGUUUCGAAGAGUCAGCUGAAUUUCGAGGCAGCCAUUAUCGAGUCUACCAUCGAUAUGGAGACGGUAGACGAGUCUAAAUCUGGUGAGCAAAAGUCCAUGCUCUCGACGGCGUUGAGGGAGUUGUUGGAGGCGAAAUUGGACGAUUUAACAGCCGGCGACGCUAAAGAGGAGAUCGUCCAAGAAAACAGCGCGCCGUACGUCGAGCCAAAGUGCGAAACUCCCGAGCAAAAUGUUGAGAUCGAAGGAUCAGCGACGAAACCAGCGCCGCAAAACGUUCACAACGAGGAAACACCGGCGAAAGAGGAGGAGGCUCCGCCUAAGGAGAUCAAACGACUAAAGGACCCGAGAACCGUGGUCCCAAACAGUAUGCCAGCGCCUGCAUUUAAACCCGAGGCAAUUGUCCCUGUUAAGCGAAAGUUGUCGAUAUCGGAAUACCGUAAACGUAAACAGCAGUCGUCCGGUGGUACACCUCCGGAGCCCGAGCCGUCGAGCGACGCCUCGGCAACGGAUAAGGGAGGUGCCAGGGGUAGAUCAGACAGCGCCAGCAGUGGUACAUCGUCGCUUAGUUCCGAUGAGGAAGGUUCCAAAGUCUCGUUAAAUCUCGACGUACCGACCUUGACCGCGUUACCGCUCUUCACCAACGCGGAAGGCGAGGAAAAGAAAGGUAGCGAAGAAGGAACAAUCGGUUGGUCCGCCGCGCCAACUUUAGUCGAACGUCAAAGAGAAAAUCUUACAGAAAGAUUGAAACGAGAGUUUGGAUUAUUCCUCAGCGAUGACGAAGAGGAACGAGCCCGCAAACAUGGUUUGACCGCAGAGGCAAUAUUGAAAGCGCGUAAGGCAUCUCCGCCUCAUCCAACCGUGUCGAACACUCCGCCAGGUUACCCGGUACCACCUCAGUUGCCACCUCAGCCCUAUAUACCACCUCCGGGAUCCGCGUCCAUUCACUAUCCUCAGUUCCAAGCCAAACCUUGUCCCGUUCAAUAUCAAAAUUUCACGGUGCCGCAGAAUGCCACGCAACCAGCCUACACGAACGCCGCGCCUCAGGCCUCUGCAAACAAACAGACGCAACAGUUCUUGUUACCUCAAGCGUCUCAAGCGCCGCCGGGCUCGAAUCCGUAUCCCCCUCAGUUUGUUCCGCCGUCUACCACAGCAGUAUCGAUCUCCAAGUACACGUCUGUUACACCGCCGCCACCCGGAAGUCAAGUCUAUCCUGCAUCCGGCCAGUCGCAGAAGCAAUUUUACAAUCAUCCGGCACCAAGGUCUUAACCCACAUAAAAGGUAGCGCUGUCGAGAAGAUUUUUUUUUUUUCUUUUUUUUAUUUUUUUUUUUUUUUUUUUUUUUUUUCUU